CUUCACUGUCACAUCGGCAAAAUGGCCCCGAUUGAUCCUGCGACAGCUUAUUUGGUGUCGGCAGCUGUUAUCGUAGUUUUAUUAGUUGCUAUUUCAAUCUUCUGUGGAGAUAAAAGCAAAAAAAAGAAAGAUGAACAAAGGGCAGGACAGGCAGCUGCAGCAGGUGCAAGACCUAGAGCUAGAGAAGCUCCGCCUGGAGGAAGAGCAGUUAGGAGACGUGGUAACCGUGGAACCAGGAUGCAAAUCAGAGAUGAAGAUUCAGAUGAAGAAUAUGUGCCAGGUCCUGAGGAAGAUGAAGAUAUGUUUGAUGACUUUGGAGAGUCAGAGAAAACUAUGGGAGCCAAAAAAUUGAGAAAAUUACAAGAUAAAGCAGAGAAGAGAAGGCAAAGGGAGAUUGAAUUACAAGAACGAGAAGAGCGUAAAGAAAGAGAGAAGAAAUUAGAAGCUCAGAGAAAGAAAGAAGAAGAAAGAGAAAAGGCUGAAGAAGAAGCAAGGGCUGAAGAAGAAAGGAUUCUGAAGGAAGAACAAGAGAAACGUGAACAUGAAGAGUAUCUGAAGAUGAAGGAAAUGUUCUCAGUUGAAGAAGAAGGUGAAAGUGAACAAGCUGGUGACCUUAGUUCACAGUCCUUGCUUCAGGAAUUCAUUAAUUAUAUCAAGGAAAUGAAGGUUGUCAUGCUGGAAGAUCUGGCAGCUCAUUUUAAAAUUAAAACACAGGACUGUAUAAGCAGAAUACAAGAGUUACAAGCAGAUGGCAGACUCACGGGAGUGGUUGAUGACCGUGGGAAAUUUAUUUAUAUAACAGUGGAGGAACUUGAAUCUGUUGCAAAGUUUAUACGACAACACGGACGUGUUUCUAUAGCGGAACUGGCCGAGUCCAGUAACAGACUAAUAAAUCUGAAUCCAGAUAAUGCAGAUAUACAUAAAAAACUUAUUGUUGGUGACCAUGAAACAGAAAUUAUCGAAGUGUCGUAGGAUAUGAGAUAUAGUGGAGGUUUAAUGCAGAGAAUUAAAAAUUGAAAAGUUCAUAGGAGGCACGUUAGAAUGGCAUUGAAUUAAAAGUGGUGUGUCCUAUCAAUGGACUGAUUCGAAUAAGAACUUUUUAUCCUGAUUGAGCAGUUGAGUUUUAUUACAUGUACUUGCAUGCAUGUUAGAUGUAAUAGUAUCUAUCAUUACUGUGACAAUCGGCUAAAAUUUAUAAAUAGUUUAAUUGAAUAAUGGAUAACAGAACAGUUUGCAAACUUAUGAUUUUACAAUUCAUUGAUCAUGGUGUGCAAGUGCUUUUAAGACUAUAUCAAGAAAAUCAUACAUAUUUGAAACCAUCUGAACCUCUCUUUGAUCGCUAAAUAUUGUGAAAUGUCACUAAAUCUGUGCAGCAAUAAUCAGUUUUAUAAAUUUUGCGUAGAUUUUCGUAAGUAUAUGAAUCACAGAUUAAGAAAAAUAUGUCUGCAGGACAGCGUAUUCCAUAGAUAAAUCUUUCAACAUGUGUCCAGUAAUUGGUCUUUCUUUGUGAUUUUGACUUCAUUCUCAAAGUUACACCAGUGUGUGUAGUUAAGAAUACCUACUGUUAUUGUCCUCCAUUUGGUCUACGGAUCGCGGGGUCGUGAGUUCGAUCCUCGGGCAGGGCAUAUGUUCUCCGUGACUAUUUGAUAAACGACAUUGUGUCUGAAAUCAUUAGUCCUCCACCUCUGAUAGGUGUGGGGAAGUUGGCAGUUACUUGCGGAGAACAGGUUUGUACUGGUACAGAAUCCAGGAAGUAUAUACCUACAUUAUAUAGUUGUUGUGUGUUUUAAUUUUGGAAAGUUAAGUGGGGCAGGUACCCAUAAAAUAUAUUUGAAGGAAAGGAAUGCUAAAAUUCUAUUAAGCUAUUCGUCAUCAUAGUUGUUCUAUUUUAUACUUGAAAAUAAAAACAACAACACUGUUAGGGAUACAGAUGCAAACUGAAGUCUACAAUUGUUUUUAUUAUGUUCCUUUUUCGGAGAAGAAGGGGUAAAUUGUUGGCUCACAUGAAUUUUAUUCUUGGUGAGCUAUAAGUAUAGGUUGAUGGUCUGACGUCCAUUGUCCUACAUCAACAUUUUCACUUAAACAUUUUCUCUGAAACAACUAGUCCGAAUUACAAAAAACAUAGUCUGUAGCGUCCUGGUUUAGACAAAUAGUUUCACUUGGCCCCUUUUUGGCCAUCAUGACUAAAAAUAGAAAGAAAAAAAAACAACUUCUUCUCAUGAACCACUUGGUUGAGCUUUGCUAAACUUUGUAUAUAGCAUUCGUUUAUGGUCCUCUUUGGAAUUUGUUCUUAACCAGUGGAUCUUCUUGGCCCUUAUUAGGGAUCGCCAGAGCGAAAAAUACAAGAAUAUUUAAUCAACUUUUUCUCAUGAGCAAUUUAAAGGAUCUUAAUCAAACAUGGUCUGUAGCAUCCUUGUAUAUUCUUCUCUCAAGUUUUCUUUUCAAAUGUUUCCACUUGGUCCUUUAAGGCCCCCUGAGAGCUAUAGAUAGAAAAACAUACGAUUGAUGACUCAUGAUGCGCUUCAUGAAUUUUCACCAAACUUGUCAGUAGCGUCAUUGUUUCAGCCACUGUGUUUAUAUUGUUCUGCUUGCACCCUUUUUAGGACAACCAGACUCAGAGCUAAAAGUAGAAACGCUUUUAUACAACUUCAUCUAAUAAUAAAUCCUCACCAAACUUGUCCCAAAACAUUUUUCAUAUGACUGUAUUUUGUUUGGAUGGCUUGGCUUUUUAGGGACUACCAGAAGAGAACUUUCCAUGAACUGCUUAAAAUGUCUUCCCUAAACUUUGUUUGUAGUAUCCUUAAAUGUACCUGUCAGUUUAAGUGUUUCCACUUGACUGAAGGUAAGGGCCGCCAGAGCUGAAAUAGAAUAUUUUAAAAAAUACAUCUUGUCAUAAACUUUAUUUGUAGCACCCUUGGUUGGACAUCCCUCAAAUGUUCUCUCUAAAGGUUUCAAAUUUUGUGGCCAUCUGGGCAAAAAAAUAGAAAAAGCUUUAUAUUAGUUUAAAUGAACUGCAUAAUGGAUAUUCAUCAAACUUGAACAGAAGUAACACCAAAAGGUUAAAGUCCUUUUCAGGUGACUCUGGCACAUUGGGCCAAUCGUUUUGCUCAUUGUCAGCCAAUAUGUCUGUUGGUUGGUAGACACAUUGGUUUCUGAUAGAGAACUAGAGGACAUUGGUCAGACUUCAAAGGAUGAUUGCCUGUGAUCAGUAGGUGACUCCUAUUGAUUUUGGGAUGAGUAGGUUACAGGUAACCGUUACAGGUCAAGGUCGGAGUGACCUAGAGACUGAAAACAGUUUCCUAUCUCAACUGGAGAUUGCAUUGGCAUGCGGAAGUCAAACUUUGUAGGAUGAUUGCCUGUGGUCACAAGAUGUCCCCUAUUGUCAGUCUGUCAAAUGUCAAGGUCACAGUGACAUUGACACAGAAAAAAGUUUCUGAUCGAUUUGGCCCUGGACUGUCAAACUAAAGAACAUAUAUACCAGUGGUCAUAAGAUGAUCCUUAUUGUUUUGUAGGUUAAAGGGCAAGAUCACAGUCGCCUUGGGACUCAAAUGUUUCUGAUGGUGGUUGCUUAAGAAACUUCAUAGCAUGCUAAUUUAUGGCCAAUAGAUAAACCCAAUUUGUUGAAGGAUUAUCAGGUCAAAUGUCAAGGUUGCCAUAUAUUACACACCCAGUUACCGCUGACAGGCCAUCAUGAGGGACAUAUACUAAGUAUAUUUUGCAAACAGGUCUUGUUUGAAUAAAAUUGAAAGAAAUGAAAGAAAAUAUAAUUACUAUUUAAGUGUUAGUUGAUAUAUUACUUAUUGUCUCAAGAAGAGGAACACUUGUGUUUGACAUUUCACACUUGACUGAGCAAGUAAUGAAUACAAGGGUACUGUCAAAGGCAUCCUAUUAACAUAGGGCGCCGCUAUCUUGGACUCGUGCAUUUUCAUUACAAAUAGCCUCCAUGCUAAUGUGUGUUCUUAAAGUAAUUCUGUUGUGAAAUGAAACAAAAAGUUGAAAGGAAAAUAGUGAUAUGGUUUUGAUACUGUGCUGUCUGCUUUCAUUUGUCAGGCGUGCACUUUAAAUCAUUUUGGUGAAGGGUUAUCUCUUGUUAUCAAAACUGUUACAUGAAUUAUGUAGAAAAAAAAAUCAAAAUAUAAUCUUUUACUGAUA